AUCUCUCUCUCUUCUUUCUUCGUAUACGCAUUUUCAACACAUUUUUCCCCAUAGCAAAUUGCUCGAUAAAAUAACUUAACAAAAUUAUUGUAAGCAUUCCAGCUAUGUCCCACAGUCCUGAGGUGAUGGCCACGAUAGACGAAGAUACACCUCAACUGCCUACCACUAUAUCUUCCAAACCUUCCCUCAUGGAAAAUGCUUAUCUCGAGGAUGGACCGCUCUUCAGAGCCACCAUUAAGCAGCUAGAGGAACGCACCAGUUCUCUCAAAUCUUCUGUUAAACGUAUUAUUAAAGCAGCCCACAAUGUACUCGACACUCGCCGUCAGCUAUUCAAAGCCGAUGAAACUUAUAUCAGCAGUCUACGAGAUACCAACUGUGUUGAGCCUUUGAUGAGCCAUUUCUUAAAUCAAAUCUGGCAAAUUCGACAAGAGGAAUAUACACGGCUUGAUCAAAGCUUUGUUAACCAGUUGCUCAAGCCUUUACAUUGUCUAUACGAGAAGGAUAUCAAAAUUGCUGAUGCCAAAAAGCGUCAAUUUGAAGAUGAAAGUAAAGAUUACUACAAUUCGCUUGCUAAGUAUUUGAAGCAGCAAAAAAAGAAACUACAGCUCUAUGAUGAACACUUGCAGCAUCAAAAGAAGAACCGAUUUGAUCUUGCCCGGUUUGACUACCUUAAUUUUCUGUUGGAUCUUCAUGGCGGAAAAAAAGAAAACGAAAUCUUAUUUUGCAUCACAAAACAGACAAUUUGUGAAGUAGAUUACUUUGAGAAAAUACUCAAUAAAUAUAAAAGCGAGAAGCAUGGCUUGGAUAGUUUGUUGAAUCUCAUUUCACUGAACACUCAGGAACAAGAAGUGAUAGAUGGCAAUAGAAAAGCUAGAAGGAGAGAAAUUCAAGAAAAGGCAGCACACGCAGUCUUGAUCGAUCAGCCAACCGUUUCCCAGCCUUCUUCAUUAGUUAACCAGAAGCAGUUGGAGAAUGAGAAAACAGCUAUAGUGGAAGAUGAUGGCAGUAAUAAAUUUAAAGGAAUAAGGGACUUGGACCAUCAGCAUUAUAAUACAAAUAAUAUAGAUGAAGAUUCCGUAAAAGGUCGUAAGAAAGAAGGCUUUCUAUUUGCGACUUCGAAGCCUGCAAAAAGCAAUGGUGGAUUUGAUGUUUCAGCUUCUUCAGUCAUGUGGCAUAAGUAUUGGUGUGUUUUGAGCGGCGGACAAUUACAUGAGUAUUCUAACUGGAAGAAACAACUCGAACCACAUAUCGAACCUAUCAAUUUGAGCUUUGCGACAGUACGCGAAGCACGUAAUUCAGACCGUCGAUUUUGUUUUGAGGUUAUUACACCACAGAUUAGAAGAAUUUAUCAAGCGACAUCAGAAGAAGAGGCCCAAAGUUGGAUCAGGACUAUACACAAUUCAAUCGAGGGUAUAUUAAAUGGCACAAGUGAAUCUUUAUCCAAUCUGAAAGAAAUGAAUCAAUUAAAGGAUAGUACACAUACAACAUCUUCGAUGGCAUCUAAGCGACAUAGAAAAACCCUUAGCGAUGCGUUCAGAAAUGGUUUCGCAGCAGUAACGAAUAGUAACGCAUUACAUAGUUUUCAUAGCAACAUUGAUAAUCACAAUACUCACGGCUCUACUGCUUCCAAUAAUUCAACGAUGCCAUCCUUGAAGGGACAGCAAAAGAGACGAUCUGUAGGCAAUAUGUCAGCAACGUUUGGAGCAAACACUUCAACGUCGAUGGAAGGUGGAAAUAUCAGCGGUACAGAUACGCUAGGCUCUUUAAGCAGUAGUUCGAAUGAUCAGCGUACGGGUAGAUGGUCUGUCUUCAGUUUCGGCCAUAAUGAUAAGUCCAAUAAACAUCGCCAGCAACAAUUCCUUGCUGAAAACUGUAUCUCUUCAACAUCCGAAACAGACGUCAAGUCAAAUAAGUAUCUAUUGGAAAGUUUGAGACAAAAUCCUUCAAACCUUGCAUGUGCUGAUUGUGGAGCCAAGAAUCCUGAAUGGUGUUCUCUUAACCUAGGUUGCUUAUUGUGCAUAGAAUGUUCUGGUAUUCACCGAAGCUUAGGAACGCACGUUUCAAAAAUAAGAUCACUCACACUGGACAGCAAUUCAUUCACACCAGAUAUUAUUGAACUCUUAAAAUCUAUCGGCAAUGCAUGUUCUGAUAGUGUUUGGGAAAGUAUUACAAACACUCAUAAACCAAAACCUGAAGACUCGCGACAAUCGAAAAUCGAAUAUAUCAAAAAUAAAUAUGUCGACCGGGCCUUUGUGAAAAAGCUCGUUCCUCGUGGCGACGAGACUAUAAUAGAUGUUGCUAAUCAAUUGCUUUUUGAAGCUAUCGACCAAGACGAUUUACCAAAAGCACUUCAGGCAUUAGCCAAUGGUGCAAACGUCAAUUCAACACGACCUCGAAGACUGAAACCUCGUCGUAUUUCAUUACUUACAGCUGAAGAGACGAAUUUUGACGAAAAAUCAACUCAUCGUUCUUCAGUUUCUAGGUUUAUGCCAUUUUUAUUUGAUUUUGAUGAUGAAUCAGUGCUAAAAAAACAGUUGGAGGAAAAUGAGCAAAAGGAUAACAAUCAUUACACUGUUCGUUACGCCCUUCAUUACGCUCUAUUACAUGGAAGAGUCAUCGAUGAUCCAACAGUACCUUCUACAGACAAAUCUUCGUCAAUUACAUUAGGAAGUUGUAGCUGUAGUACUUCAGGUGAUGUCAGUAGUAUUACAUCAACUACUGACGAUGAAGCAGACUAUAAAACAACGUUGUCGACUUCUUUUCCUACCCGUGAACAUUGUAGUCAUCUUUCAACAGCUGCAGCAUUGAGGAAGAUAAUUGUGUUUCCCAUGGCAGAACUACUUUUGCAAAAUGGGGCUGACACUAGUAUUGAAGAUUCUGAAACUGGCCUUACAUUAGCUGAUCUAGUGGGUAUGGGAUCUGUACUCAAAGAUGAUGCUAUUACUUAUAUAAAUUUAAAGAAUGCAGCAAGAGGACAAUCGAAAAUUACAAGGUCCACCAGCACGGUUAAAGCAACUCAUAGAAAGCCUGGUCAGCCAUCAUCGAAUACGCCAGAGAUAACGCCAUUUAUUCCAUCCGACAAUCCAAAUAAUUCUUCUUACUGCCACAUUGAAACAUAUAACGAUACCACCAAAAAACCACCGUUACCGCCAACGAAGCGCAGUGAUUGCACUCCUCCUAUUCCAGCCAAGGAAAAAGGCAGUGACAGCAACAACUAAUGUUUAAUCCUGCAAGAUCUUGAACUAUAUCUAUAUCUAUCUUAUCUACACUGUAAAUUAUAUAACCUUUCAUCAUUAAUACAAGUAUUUAUUGACUUAAUACCUGUUGACUUAUUGAGUAUAUUUCUCAGUAACGACCUCUUGUACAUCUUGAGCUUAUUGACGAGCCGAUGGUCUCGUUUUCUCUUCGCUUCUUCCUCAAUUAAAUUGUAUUACUUUCAUGAAGUAUUUGAGAAUGAUAAUGUAAGCUAUAAAUUAGUGGACAUUAAG